CAUCCCUUUCCUUUCCCUCAAAAGACAUUUUUUUUUUUAUCUUCAUCCCUGCCACAGAUUUUGGAGUUCUGACUGAGGAGUUUCGACCAGAAAAUCUUCAACUCAAAGACCCAUUUCACUUAUUGAACUGGGUCAUUCGUUUUGGUCUCCUCUGAGUUUCAGAAAUCUAAGGAGUAGUUAAUCAUGGCCUUGGCCUUGCUUGUCAGCAGUUCAUGCCUCCCUGCUUUUAGCUGUCAAAGGAAAGUUUUUAGAGUGAGAGCUGUUGCCUCUGAAGAUUUCGCUGCUGUGAAACCUGAGGAAGCGAACAAGGUCAAGUUGGGAGGUUCUGAAUUGAGGGUCACAAGGCUUGGAAUUGGAGCUUGGUCUUGGGGUGACACCAGCUACUGGAAUGACUUUGAUUGGGAUGAUAGGAAAAUGAAAGCUGCUAAGGCUGCUUUCGAUGUCAGUAUUGAUCUUGGUAUAACUUUCUUUGAUACUGCUGAAGUCUAUGGCUCUAGGCUUGCGUUGGGUGCCGAAAGUUCUGAAACUCUGCUAGGAAGAUUCAUCAAGGAACGUAAAGAAAUGGAUCCUAAUGUGGAGGUUGCUGUUGCAACCAAGUUUGCAGCAUUGCCAUGGAGGCUUGGCCGUGGAAGUGUCGUAAAAGCCCUCAAGGAUUCCUUGUGUCGCCUUGGAAUUUCUUCAGUAGACCUAUAUCAACUCCAUUGGCCUGGAUUAUGGGGAAAUGAAGGGUAUCUCGAUGGUCUUGGGGAUGCUUUUGAGCAGGGGCUUGUGCAAGCUGUUGGUGUUUCAAACUACAGCGAGAAACGACUCCGUGAUGCUUAUGAAAAGCUCAAGAAGAGAGGUAUCCCACUUGCUUCGAACCAAGUGAAUUACAGCCUAAUCUACAGGGCUCCAGAGCAGAAUGGGGUAAAGGCAGCCUGUGAUGAACUUGGGGUGACUUUGAUAGCAUAUUCACCCAUUGCUCAAGGUGCUCUUACGGGAAAAUAUACACCAGAAAAUCCACCAACUGGUCCUCGAGGCCGGAUUUACACACCUGAGUAUCUAAUAAAGCUCCAACCUCUGAUAAACAGAAUUGGGGAAAUAGGAGAGGAAUACGGUAAAAGUAACACACAGGUCGUUCUCAACUGGCUCAUAUCCCAGGAUAAUGUUCUACCAAUCCCUGGAGCUAAAACUCCUCAACAGGCAGAGGAAUUCGCUGGUGUUCUUGGGUGGCAAUUAACCGAUGACGAGAUCAAUGAGCUGCGCUCAUUGGCGUCCGAGGCAGGACAACCGAUUGGUUUCCCGGUUGAGAGAUUAUAAUUCUAAACUGUAUGUACACUACACACUAAUCUAGAUAGAAGAUAUAGAUGGUUGAGGAAUUAGGCUCCUUUUAAUGGCACUGAAAAUAUAGAGAAAUUGUACUGGCAAUUGCCUCAUACCUUAAAAGGUCCAUCUUAUUGUAAAAUUCAUAUUCACAAGUUAAAUAAAUUGAAAAACAAUAUAAGAAUCAA